AUGCGAUCCGAGGCCGGACCCAGCUCGUCCGCUGCCGCGGCCGGCCCCGUGCCCGGCCCGAGCAACCACGGCUCGAUGCUCUUCUCGCCAUCCUCGUCGGACCCGGCAGACCUCCCGCCCAUGCCGGUGCCGUAUGAAGACUUCCACUUCUCGCUGGAUCUGCCCACGGACCUCGACAUGAGCGACCUCCAGUUCCUCAGCGGCGCCACCGAUCGCAAGGGCGGGCCCUCGAACCCGAUGACGCCCGGGCUGACGGCAGCCUUCCUCGCAUCCACGCCCCAUGGCUUCCACGGCCUCGAGGACAUCCACAUGUCGAGCAGGGCCGGCAGUCGGCGCGGUAGCUUCUCCAACAAGAGCCGGCCACAAUCGCCACGAGUUGGGGCUCUCGGCCUAGGGAACAUGACCAAGCUGCCAGACUUUACGAUGCGGCCACCGCCACCACCCGACUUUGAGCCGCCGCCUGGGUCAAACCUCUUCUCGCCCGCCGCCUCGCCCUUUGGCCUGUUUGCAGGCGCGUCUUCUCCUACCAAGGGCAAGCACGACUCUAGCGAGACGCAGCCACCGCAACCACCACCAUCACAGCCCAACGGCGCCCUCUUUGACGCCAACGAGAGAAACAUGCUCUCCAGCUUCCUCGAAGGCUUCGAGUGGGAGUUUGAUCCGACCCUGCCAGAGGGCAUGCCCAGCUUUGCCGCGGCAGCGGCGGAGCGGGCCGGAUCGGCGGCGGACGCUUUCGGCCUCAGCCUCGACGGACGCGGAUCGGUGUUUGGCGGGCGGCAGCGGGGCGACAACCACCUCCCCGCCGGCUCUGUCUCUGGGUCGGCGUCUGGGUCCGGCUCGGCGACGGCAUCGAGCCAAAGCCCGCACGACAGCAGCUCCACGGCCACCUCGCCGCCCACGUCGAAGCGGGGCAACAAGCGCAACAAGCACAACCGCGACGCUGACGCAACGGCCAAGCCCAUGUCGCAGGAGACGGACCUGGUCAACGCCGCCUUCGGAGGCCUGCCAGACUGGACCGACGACCACGGCGGCGAGUCGGCAGAGGCUGCGCAGAUUGGCAGCAAGCGCGGCCCUCCAGGGCAUCAUCACGCGCGCGAUCGAGACGGCAGGCCCAACCCAGCCCCAGCUCAUGGCCUCGGCGACCAGGAUCAGCACGCGCCUCGCCAGCCGACGCCAAACGGCCUGGACCUCAACAACCUCACCGGCGUCCACGCCGAGAUGUUCAGCAUGAGCGCCGGCCUCGACACCGCGUCCGUCGCCGCACAGCCCAAGUCGGGUGGCAAGGCGCCAAAGCAGGCGAAGGCGUCGUCGUCGUCGUCGUCGGCGGCGGCGGCGGCGGCGGCGAGCUCGGCAUCCGGCUCGAGCGGCAAGAAGAUGAAGAUCGAGCACGACGAUGCGGCGGCGGGCGAGGCCCUGGCCAACGACGGCGGCAGCGGCAGCGCCGGCGUCUCGGCCUCGGCCUCGGGCAGCAAGCGCGAGCUCCUGACGGAAUCGGAAAAGCGGCAGAACCACAUCCUGUCGGAGCAGCGGCGGCGCAACUACAUCCGCGAGGGCUUCAAGGAGCUCGUAGUGCUCCUCGACGACGGCCGCAGCCUCGGCGCGCGCGCGCUCGGCCUGUCGUCGGGCUUUGGCACGGGCGUCGAGGACGAGGGCUUGGAUGACCGCACCGACGUCGAGGGCGGCGAAGACGACAUCCUGGCCGUCGGUCGCAAGAAGCCGCCAAAGAAGGCCAAGAAGGCCGGGCCCAACGGCGCCCGCGCCAGGGGCAAGGGGCGAGGCCGAGGCGGCAGCGCCGGGGCGGCGCGGCAGCAAGAGCGCCGUCCUGUUCCAGGCCGUCGACCUGAUCCGGCGCCGGCCUGA